GACUGGCGCCCGCAGCCCCAUGGCCCCGUCCCGGCUGCAGCUCGGCCUCCGCGCCGCCUACUCGGGCAUCAGCUCUGUGGCCGGCUUCUCUAUCUUCCUCGUCUGGACGGUCGUCUACAGACAGCCGGCGACCGCGGCCAUGGGGGGAUUCGCAGGUGUGCUGGCACUCUGGGUCCUGGUGACACACGUGAUGUACAUGCAGGAUUACUGGAGGACCUGGCUCAGAGGGCUGCGUGGCUUCUUCUUCGUGGGCGUCCUCUUCUCAGCCGUCUCCAUCGCCGCCUUCAGCACCUUCCUUGUGCUGGCCAUCAACCGGCGCCAGAGCCUCACAGACCCCAACAGCUACUACCUCUCCUGCAUCUGGAGCUUCAUUUCCUUCAAGUGGGCCUUCCUGCUCAGCCUCUAUGCACACCGCUACCGGGCUGACUUCGCCGACAUCAGCAUCCUCAGCGAUUUCUGACCCAGGGGUGAGGUCUCUGCACUCUGGGGGUCCUCAGGACCUGGACUCAGCCUCUGAGACAUCAGCCGGGCCUGCCCCAUGCCCUGGGCACCCCAGAACUGGGGCAGUACACAGCAGGACGAGUAUGGCCUCCUGGAAGCCGCCCUGCCUCCUUUGGGGGAAGACUCAGGUGUGGUAGAAAGGGGGUCCUGCUAUGUUGAUCCUCAUUAGCCUGGCUGGAAGGCAGCUUUAGACCUUUUCAAAUGGAUCUAUUUUCUUAGCACUCAGUGAGGAAUCUUUGCAGGUAGGGCUAGGGCAACGAGGUCAAGGGGUAGGUCCUGGAGACCCUGAUCUCUGCCUGGCUGCAGGGGCAGGUGGUUUGGUCCUUGCUGCCCCAGCCACUCUCCCUGAGCUAGGGUGACAGCCUGGGCAGGGCAGGUCAAGUACAUACACUUCUACCCAACACCCUAUCCUGUUGUCCCCCAAGGGUCAGGUAGAUUAACUCAGGAGCCCAAGGGUGGCAACACUGGACUCUUUCCCCAAGGCCUGGGAAGCUGAGUGGAGAGUUGUGUCCCUCCUAUCCUGUUUCACCCAGAGCUGGCCUCCAUGAGCGUGCUAGAGCUAGGCAGUCAUCUGUCGCCACUCUCACACACACCCCACACGCCCCAGAGCAGGAGUUGAGGGCAGGCUAAGGGUUGGGUCGGGAAUAUGCUCCUGCCUCCUGAAGGGCUUUGGGGGAGAGGCAGUAUGGUGCAGGCUGGAAAGAGCCCCCAAGCCUGUACCCAGGCACCUCCAGCCUUGGGUUUCCACCCUGCCUUCUCACACCUGCUCCUCAGUGUGCCCAGAUCACCCCAGCCAUGACACCUCCCUUCCCCCCUUCUGAAGGACAGAAUCUGCUUUUCUGCCCAUACACUGGCCCAAGGGCUCACCUGACUUGGGAGGCAAGGGGCUACCGGUAAAUCUUUUUACGUUAGGUUGCCAUUUUGCACGGUCUGCCCCUUUUCCCCUGAUGUGUCCUGCCCCGAGCUCUGCCUUGUCUGUGUCACUGUCACUUUAGCAGAAAUACACCUGCCAUUUCUAUCA